AUGUCUGAACCAACGAAUGGCAUCGAAUCCACAUCGGCCAUCAAUAACGAUGACCCCAACCUCCUUUGGCGACACCCAUCGCCCAAAGACACCCAGCUUUGGGACUUCAUGCAACGGGUGAACAAGCGCUAUCACAAGUCUUUCAGCACAUAUGACGAGUUGCAUGACUGGAGCAUCCGUAACAUCGAACAAGUCUGGGGCGAGAUAUGGCAGCAUUGUGGGAUUCGCUCCUCGAGCGACUUCAAGACCGUUGUUUCGGACAACAAAACAAUGUUCCCGCGGCCGGCAUGGUUCGAAGGAGCGAAGCUGAACUUUGCCGAGAACCUUCUAUUCCCAACGCAGAAGGUCGCAGACGACAGCGUUGCUGUGAUUGCGGCAACCGAGACGACGAGGGAAGAAGUACGGUGGUCAGACCUGAGAGAGAGGGUCCGGCAAUGUCAGGCUGGUAUGCUGGCUUUGAAGAUCACAGCUGGUGAUCGGGUAGCUGGAUACGUUGCCAACCACACGAAUGCGCUGGUGGCCAUGCUAGCUGCGACAUCAAUCGGAGCGAUCUGGACCGCCGUAAGUCCGGACACUGGCGUGACGGCUGUGCUGGAUCGUAUGGUGCAGAUUGAGCCAGCAGUUCUAUUCACGGAUAAUGCAGUAAUGUACAAUGGCAAGACGCAUCCCGUACUACCCAAGGUCGCCGAGAUCAUUGCCUCGUUGCCAUCACUUAAAGCUACGAUCAUCUUUGAGACGGUUCCAUCAAUGGGCUUCAAUGUUGCCGCGCCGCCGGGAAUGGCAGACAAGAUCUUCACCUACUCCAGCUUCAUCUCCAUGAAUCCUUCACCACCGUCGACGCUCACGUUCGAGCAACUGCCGCCCGAUCAUCCUGUCUAUAUCCUGUACAGCAGCGGCACAACGGGCGCACCUAAAUGCAUCGUGCACGGCGCCAUCGGCACCCUGAUCCAACAUAAGAAGGAGCACAUCCUUCAAAGCGACAUUCGACCAGGUGACCGUCUCUUCUACUUCACUACCUGCACAUGGAUGAUGUGGCACUGGCUCGUCUCCGGGCUAGCCUCUGGCGCUACGCUCAUCCUUUAUGACGGCUCGCCCUUCCAGUAUCUCUCGAACGGCGAAAGUGUAAAGGACGACCUCGCCAUGCCGCGCUUGAUCGAUGAGCUAGGCAUCACUCACUUUGGCACCAGCGCCAAGUACCUUUCCGUCCUGGAACAGAAGGAGAUCAUGCCCAAGUCCUCCGGCCUCUCCAUCAAGACUUUGAGGGCUAUAUACUCCACUGGUUCUCCGUUGGCGCCGUCAACGUUCCAGUAUGUCUACCGUGCGUUCGGACCUAACAUUAACCUUGGCUCCAUCACCGGCGGAACAGACAUCAUCUCCCUGUUCGGCGCACCAUGUCCCUUACAUCCGGUCUACAUCGGCGAGAUUCAAGUGCUAGGCCUUGGCAUGGCCGUGCAAGCCUGGGAUUACACGGGCAAGGACAUCACGUCCACCGGCGAGCCCGGCGAUCUGGUCUGCGUGAAGCCGUUUCCAUGUCAACCGGUGCAAUUCUGGGGACCCACGGGCGAGAAGAAGUAUCGAGGGAGCUACUUCGAGCAGUUCGAGGGCGUGUGGCACCACGGUGACUUCAUCAAGUUCAACCCGAAAACAGGCGGCCUUUGGAUGCUCGGAAGGUCUGACGGCAUCCUCAAGCCCUCGGGCGUGCGGUUUGGCAGCGCCGAGAUUUACAACAUCCUACUCAAGCACUUCCCGGAUCAGGUGGAGGAUGCCCUCUGCAUCGGCCGAAGAAGAGAGCAGGAUUCGGACGAAACCGUUGUGCUCUUCUUGAAGAUGAAGGAGGGUGUCACAUUUAGCAAGCAGCUGGUCGACGACAUCAAGACGGUAGUGCGCAAAGAGCUCAGUGCGAGGCACGUUCCGGGCAUCAUUGACGAGUGUCCCGAAAUCCCAGUCACAACGAACGGGAAGAAGAUCGAAGGCGCGGUAAAGCAGAUACUGUGUGGGAUGAACGUUAGGACGAGCGCGAGCGUGGCGAACGCGGGUUGCUUGGAUUGGUAUCGAGAAUGGGCGAAGACGCAUUGA